UCUCAAAUUUUGAGACUCACUCUUUUUCAUGACCGUCACCGCAACAAUACUUGACCUUAAAUCUCUCUUCUUUGAGGUUCCCCGGUAAUCAUCUACAGUCAAUCCCACUCCCGCAAUCUCAAAGCACCAGUCUUAACUAUCCACAAUCCUCAACACACUUCAUCAUGGCAGGAUCAAAGGGCAAAGUGUGUCUCGCAUACUCUGGCGGUCUCGACACCUCGACGAUUUUGGCCUGGUUGUUGGAGCAGGGAUACAGCGUCGUCUGCUAUUUGGCAAACGUCGGACAGGAGGAGGAUUGGGAUGCCGUCGAGAAGAAGGCUCUCCAAAUUGGUGCUGAGAAGAUGAUCAUUGAUGAUCUCAAGCGCGAGUUCGUUGAGGAGCUCUGCUGGAAGGCCGUUCAAUGUAACGCCAUCUAUGAGGACCAGUACCUUCUGGGCACGUCCUUGGCCCGCCCGAUCAUCGCGCGAGGCAUGAUGAAGGCCGCUGAGAAGGAAGGAUGCCAGUUCGUUUCCCACGGCUGCACCGGAAAGGGUAACGACCAAGUUCGAUUCGAGCUUGCCUACUACACCAUCAAGCCUGAUAUCAAGGUCAUCGCCCCGUGGCGCGACCCCACCUUCUUCAAGCGCUUCCAAGGCCGUAACGACCUGCUUGACUACGCCGCUGAGAAGGGUAUUCCUGUCACUUCUACCAAGGCUAAGCCUUACUCGAUGGACGACAACUUCGCCCACUGCUCAUACGAGGCUGGUAUGCUCGAGGACCCCGACGUGACCCCUCCUGAGGAUAUGUGGACCAAGACUGUCUCGCCUCUGCAGGCUCCCGACACUCCUCUCGACAUCACUGUCCACUUCGACAAGGGAAUCCCCAGCAAGGUCGUUACUCCCAAGGAAACCGCCACCGACUGCGUCGAGCUCUUCGCCCUUCUCAACGCCCUGGGCAAGGAGCACGGUAUCGGCCGUAUCGAUAUUGUUGAAAACCGAUUUGUUGGGUUGAAGAGCCGUGGCUGCUACGAUUCUCCUGCCAUGACCAUCCUUCGCCUUUCCCACGUCUCGAUUGAGGGUCUCGUCCUGGACGGCCGUGUCCGCUCUCUUCGUGACAACAUGAGCAAGCAGUGGUCCGAGCUCCUUUACAAUGGCAUGUACUUCAGCCCUGAGCGGGCUUUCCUGCAGCCCAGCUUGGACUUCGCUCAACAGCGCGUCAACGGCGAGGUUCGUCUUCGCCUGUACAAGGGCAACGCCUACGUCUUGGGUCGCAGCUCCCAAGAGAAGCUCUACUCUGAGGAAGAUGCAUCCAUGGACUCCCUCACCACCUUCGACCCUUCUGAGACAACUGGAUUCAUCACCAUCCAAGCUAUCCGCCUCAAGAAGUACGGCCAGCAAAUGGCUGAGGCCGGCAUCAAGUUCUAAUUUUAGAUACCAGCGGGAGUUCCGGAUUGGGAAAAGUCUUCUGCAAGUUCAAACAAAAUAGAUGAAUAAUAAAGUUAAAUCAUACGAAAGAAAA